AUGAAUGCAAUAACAAAAAACUAUUUAGAUAUCUUACUAAACAAUAAAAAAUCAUUAUUUUUAAGCUUACCAUUACUCUAUGGUGCAAGUUUAAUAUUAAGCAAAAUCUUUAAAAAAAAAUUAAUAAUCAAAGAUAAAUUCGUGGUUGUCACUGGUGCAUCAAGUGGAAUAGGAUUAGAAAUUACAAAAGAAUUAUUAAGAAAUAAAAGUAAAGUUAUUUUAAUAGCAAGAAAUAAAGAUAGAUUAAUUCAAUUAGUCGAAGAUUUUAAAAAAGAAGGAUAUAGUGAAUGCUACUACAUUAGUGCAGAUCUAAGCAAAGAAAAUGAUAUUGAAGAAUGUAAAAACCAAAUCAAUCAAAUUUUAUCAGAAUCAAAUAAAAGAACACUUUUAAAUCAACAUGUCGAGAUUUUAGUAAAUUGUGCAGGUAGUGGAAAUUGGAAAUUCCUUGAAGAUACAUCAUUUAAAGAAUGUCAAGAAAUGAUGUCAUUGCCAUAUUUUGCAGCAUUUAAUAUUACCAGAAUACUUUUAACACCAAUGUUACAUAAUGGUAUUGGUACAAUUGUAAAUAUCAACUCACCUGUUUCAUUACAACCAUGGCAGGGAUGUAUUGGUUAUGCCUGUGCAAGAUGGGCAUUGAAAGGAUUUACACAAUGUCUUAGAAGAGAUCUAUGUGGUAGUGGUGUUAAUGUUGUUGAAGUUAUUCCAGGAGAAACCCAAUCAGGAUAUUUUGAAAACAAUGGUAUCACCUCUGAAUCAUUCCCACUUCUUAGUCAUUGGAUACCCAAAAUCUCACCAAGUCAAGUUGGCAAAGUUACCGUCGAUGCAAUCAUAAACAAAAAAGAAAGAGUUUUAUAUCCAUUUUCAUUAAAUAUUGCCAAAUAUAUACAAUUUUACCCAUUAUCCUUACUAAUUGACUAUUUGUUAUCUUCAGAAUUGGGAUCAAAAAGAUUAAAUCAAUUCAAAUCAAAUCAAAAUCAAAACAAAAAAGAAAAAGAAAAAGAAAAUAUUGAUAAUACCAAAUCAACCAGUUUAAAAAAUCAUUAA